AAAGUGUCGCCGGUCAUCGUCAUCAUCGUCGUCUUCUUUAUGAUGGAUGAUUCAUGCACAAAUCCACUAUAAUUUGACCACUAUAAUCUGAUUAGGUUUAACACUCCACGUUUCUUUUCUUUUCUUUUCAUCCUUUGCAUUUAUAAGCAUUCAAUCUCACAAUAGACAUGUCCAAUUAAUGUCAUACAUACCUUUAACUCACAUCUUCAAUAAUCAAUUGCUUUAUUUAUGAACUCUGAUCGAUCGUAUCUCUGGAUUCCCGCCGAGAUUCAUUACUGAAAAUUCAGUUUCUCAAUUUUAGAUCUAGCAAGAGAGAUGGGGAACUGUCAGGCUGCGGAGGCUGCAACCAUAUCGAUUCAGUAUCCGGGAGAGAACAAGGUGGAGAUGAUAUACUGGUCUGUUAGUGCUCAGGAGAUUAUGUCUUCGAAUCCAGGAUACUAUGUGGCACUUGUUGUAACUGCUAGGUCAGAGAAUGGUUCGGUGGUUCGACAACUGAAGGUGCUCCGACCGGCAGACAUCUUGGCUAUUGGACAUGUUUAUCGGCUGAUAAGUUUUGAAGAUGUGUUGAAAGAAUUGGCAAUGAAGAAGAAGGCAAAAUUGGGGAAACUGAUGGUGAAGAAGAAGAAGACAUGUGAUAAUGGCAAUAGCAAUAGAAAGCAGCAGCAGCAAUAUCACAGGCUUGGAGUUGGAAGGUAUAAUAAUGGUCCUGUUGGGCAAUGGAAACCAGCUUUGCAGAGCAUUGCUGAAAAUGGGACCUUAAAAUCCAACUUUUAA